CGACGAAGCGAGGCGACCACGACGCAAUCUGCAGCGGACGACAUACUGGCGGUUCCCCGGAGUGGCGACGAGGGCGAACGGCUUCACCGGUGCGAUGCUCGUGCUGUACGUCCUUGGGCGACACCCGUCGCACGGCUACGAAUACUCUGCCGCGCCGCUGGAGGAGGCAGCGCAGUGGCACGAUGUGGUUGCGCUGCCAAUGAAAGAGGGCCGUGUAUCUCCAGGAAAAAAGGUGGGCGUUCGUGGAGCAAUUGGGACUGAGGCGGAGAUUGGUAUGAGCCAAAAGGUGUACAUGUGGUUUGACCUUGCGCUCCGCCUUUUCCCGACAGCGGGGUACAUCGCCAAGGGCGAUGACGACAUUUUUCUCCGUGUGCCGCUGUUCGUUGCUCACCUGCGCCUCCUGCCGCGCCGAGGGAUGUACAUGGGAGGCCACGUGGGUCUUGCGACUUUUGUGAAAAGGGGUUUACCAGGUAGCACAUUUAUGGUUGGCUGGUGCUACACCUUGUCGAGGGAUGUGGCGGAGGCGUUGGUUUCGUACAAGCCGCUGCGGCGCCUGGCGUACCUACCGUACAGCAAGGAACGUGAGGAGGAGUUUGCACUGCUCCGGUUUCAUUGCGAGGAUAUCAUGGUCGGGUGGGUUCUCGAUAGGGUAAUAAAGUACCAGCCAAUGAUAUACGUCAAGGUACUGUCCUGCCAUUUCCAUGACGCCCGUAAUGGCACGGGGCACUCACAGGUGGUGCCGACCUCGAUGUGUAUCCAUCACGUGCGGGAGGACGACUACGCAGCGCUGAUGGCGCGCUUUGGCAACGACACAUCGCCUGCCGCCCGUGUGUCACGGGUCUCAGAGGACGUAAUAUAUCCCGUGUGCGAUUGA